GAGGUCAGCGCUGUCGUGUCGGGAAUGGAAUGUGUAAGUGUAACAUUCAGAACCGGGUAACAUUCGGCGAGCGGACGCGGCGCGCGGCGGGGAUCGCGCGGGGCCCUGCGAAGCGCCGCUCGGGGCCGGCACUGCCCGCCGGGGAGGACGCGCCGCCCGCCCGCCGCCACCCGCAGCCUCCAGCCCGGCCGCCGCGCGUCCCGGGGGCCGGCCCGGCCAGCGCUGGAGUAAACACCGGCGGAGAAGAUCUCAGAGCCGCUGCAGAAAGGAAUAAAGAGACAUGCAGGGAUUUGUGAGGUUACGGCGCCCCGGCUGCAAGAUGCACUAGAGCCGGCUGGAACCCGGGGAACCCGCUGACUUGUUGGAAACCCGGAGUGCUCUCUGCACGCGAGUGUGGAUGAGUUGAAGUUGCCUUCCCGGGGGCUCGUUUUGCACGCUGCCGAGAGAGGAAUACGAGAGACAAGGACAUCACUUCUUCGUCUUGCCAUUGAUUGGGCAUCGGGAGCUUUUUUUUUUUUUUUUUUUUUUCCCUCCUCUCUCUCCCCCUCUCUUUCUUUUCCUCCGUCUUGUUGCAUGCAAGAAAAUUACAGUCCACGGCUCGCCGCCGCCUUGGGUGCGAAAUAUUCAGCCCCGCUCUUUCCCUUUUCCCAUUGUGCAACCCAAAGAUGAAAGACCGAAGGGGAGAAAGUUAAGGAAAUCGCCCACAUGCGCUGGAUCAGUCCACGGCUUGGGGAAAGGCAUCCAGAGAAGGUGGGAGCGGAGAGUUUGAAGUCUUUACAGGCGGGAAGAUGGCGGACUGGAGCUGAAAGUGUUGAUUGGGAAACUUGGGUGAUUCUUGUGUUUAUUUACAAUUCUCUUGACCCAGGCAGGACACAUGCAGGCCAAAAAACGCUAUUUCAUCCUGCUCUCAGCCGGCUCUUGUCUCGCCCUUUUGUUUUAUUUCGGAGGCUUGCAGUUUAGGGCAUCGAGGAGCCACAGCCGGAGAGAAGAGCACAGCGGUCGGAAUGGCUUGCACCACCCGAGUCCGGAUCAUUUCUGGCCCCGCUUCCCGGACGCUUUGCGCCCCUUCAUUCCUUGGGAUCACUUGGAAAACGAGGAUCCCAGCGUGCACAUUUCCCCGCGGCAGAAGCGAGACGCCAACUCGAGCGUCUACAAAGGCAAGAAGUGCCGCAUGGAGUCCUGCUUCGAUUUCACCCUUUGCAAGAAAAACGGCUUCAAAGUCUACGUAUACCCGCAGCAGAAAGGAGAGAAAAUCGCUGAAAGUUACCAAAACAUUCUAGCGGCAAUCGAGGGCUCUAGGUUCUACACCUCGGACCCCAGCCAGGCGUGCCUCUUUGUCCUGAGUCUGGAUACUUUAGACAGAGACCAAUUGUCACCUCAGUACGUGCACAAUUUGAGAUCCAAAGUGCAGAGUCUUCACUUGUGGAACAAUGGUAGGAAUCAUUUAAUUUUUAAUUUAUAUUCCGGCACUUGGCCUGACUAUACCGAGGACGUGGGGUUUGACAUCGGACAGGCGAUGCUGGCCAAAGCCAGUAUCAGUACUGAAAACUUCCGACCCAACUUUGAUGUUUCUAUUCCCCUCUUUUCGAAGGAUCAUCCCAGGACAGGAGGGGAGAGGGGGUUUUUGAAGUUUAACACCAUCCCUCCUCUCAGGAAAUACAUGCUGGUCUUUAAGGGGAAGAGGUACCUGACAGGGAUAGGGUCAGACACCAGGAAUGCCUUAUAUCACGUCCACAACGGGGAGGAUGUCCUGCUCCUCACCACCUGCAAGCAUGGCAAAGACUGGCAAAAGCACAAGGAUUCUCGCUGUGACAGAGACAACACCGAGUAUGAGAAGAGCUAUAACUGCAUUCAUGAACAACCCCCUUCAAAGAGCUGUUCUACAAUAUCAUUUUGGCCAUCAAAUCUGUAUGAUUAUCGGGAAAUGCUGCACAAUGCCACUUUCUGUCUGGUUCCUCGUGGUCGCAGGCUUGGGUCCUUCAGGUUCCUGGAGGCUCUACAGGCUGCCUGUGUCCCUGUGAUGCUCAGCAAUGGAUGGGAGUUACCAUUCUCUGAAGUGAUUAAUUGGAACCAAGCUGCCGUCAUAGGCGAUGAGAGAUUGUUAUUACAGAUUCCUUCUACAAUCAGGUCUAUUCAUCAGGAUAAAAUCCUAGCACUUAGACAACAGACACAAUUCUUGUGGGAGGCUUAUUUUUCUUCAGUUGAGAAGAUUGUAUUAACUACACUAGAGAUUAUUCAGGACAGAAUAUUCAAGCACAUAUCACGUAACAGUUUAAUAUGGAACAAACAUCCUGGAGGAUUGUUCGUCCUACCACAGUAUUCAUCCUAUCUGGGAGAUUUUCCUUACUACUAUGCUAAUUUAGGUUUAAAGCCCCCUUCCAAAUUCACUGCAGUCAUCCAUGCAGUGACGCCCCUGGUCUCUCAGUCUCAGCCAGUGUUGAAACUUCUUGUGGCUGCAGCCAAAUCCCAGUACUGUGCCCAGAUCAUAGUUCUGUGGAAUUGUGACAAGCCCUUACCAGCCAAGCACCGCUGGCCUGCCACUGCUGUGCCUGUCAUCGUCAUUGAAGGAGAAAGCAAGGUUAUGAGCAGCCGUUUUCUGCCCUAUGACAUCAUUGUCACAGAUGCUGUACUUAGCCUGGAUGAGGACACCGUGCUUUCUACUACAGAGGUGGAUUUUGCCUUCACAGUGUGGCAGAGCUUCCCUGAGAGGAUUGUGGGGUACCCUGCACGCAGCCAUUUCUGGGAUAACUCUAAGGAGCGCUGGGGGUACACGUCCAAGUGGACAAACGACUACUCCAUGGUGUUAACAGGAGCUGCUAUUUACCACAAAUAUUAUCACUACCUGUACACUCAUUACCUGCCAGCCAGCUUGAAGAACAUGGUGGACCAACUGGCCAACUGUGAGGACAUUCUCAUGAAUUUCUUGGUGUCUGCUGUGACUAAAUUGCCUCCAAUCAAAGUGACCCAGAAGAAGCAGUAUAAGGAGACAAUGAUGGGGCAGACUUCUCGGGCUUCCCGCUGGGCAGACCCUGACCACUUUGCCCAGCGACAGAGCUGCAUGAACACAUUUGCCAGCUGGUUUGGCUACAUGCCGCUGAUCCACUCUCAGAUGAGGCUGGACCCCGUCCUCUUUAAAGACCAAGUCUCUAUUCUGAGGAAGAAAUACCGAGACAUUGAGCGACUUUGAGGAAUCUGGCCAAGUGGGGGAGGGGAAGUGAGAAGGGACUAAAGUCAAGCUGCUCUCUCUUCCCAGUGCAAAUCCACUCAGUAUAAGAGCCAGAUUGUGCCAAGUAUCCAAAUAAACCUAGAGGAACAGAAUGAAGAAGGAAAGCAAAAAGGCCAAUGAGAACUCAACUCCCGGCUCCUGCAACUGCUCCAAACUCACCUCACUGGCUUCUAUGUCCCAAGACUAGGUUGUGUACAGUUUAAUUAUGGAACAUUAAAUAAUUAUUUUUGAAAUGAUUGCUAUGCAGGUUUAAACUUUUUUAAUGAUCAAAACUAUUAAAAACCAGAGUUCUUUCUUUAAUCAAAA